AUGGCCGGGUCAACCGCACGGAAGGCCUCGACGCCGUCCAAGGGCUUUUCUAAGGCUAGGUCGUCCUCUUCAGCAACUCGCAACAACAGCAUUUUGAACUUCUUCCAAAAGACUGAUAGUCCGGCCGGUGCCACCUCGUCCCAAUCUCGAAUCACUCAAUUCGUCACAUCAUCACGCUCUCCGAGCAGCGGCCGAGGGACCCCUACCUCACAGCGGAGAAACAACGUUGGAGAUGAUACGGCAAACGGACUGUUCUUGGAAGACAAGAAGGGUAUAGCCAAAUUUGAGCAAGCCGCGGUAAAGGUUGAGACAAACGAUCGACCUCGAUCACGGACGCCGGAGGAUAUUUGGGGCGACGUUCAUGGAUUUUUGGAUGACGACCAACGGUAUAACGAGAAUGGCGCUUCGUUGAAGCGCAGGAAAGUGGAUUCGCCGAGUGCACUGCUUGAGAAUGGGAAUACAUCGAAGUCGGCUCAAUCUUCGGCGCCGGCCAAAGCUAAAACCAGCGGCCCAUUCAUCGAUGAAUCGGAUAUCGAAGAUGACAUGGAAGCAUACCGCGAACUGGAUGAGGUGUCACCGGCCCCUGCGGCUGCAACAGAUGAUCCACUAUUUGCACUUGAUGAAGACCCGGUCGGAGACCCUCCUGCCGAACAGCCGCCAGUGGUAAGAGAAGUCACGAGCCUUACCGAUGAUGAUGAAUUCGCGGAUUUUGACGAUCUUGAAGAGGACGAGCCAGUAGGGGAAGAGUUUCGCGAGCGGCCGUGGGAAGACGCAGAGGAGGAGUUACGACUUGACGAGAACGAUGUCGACGGCAUGAAUGGGGCCGAUACAACGACCGAUGCAGGUGUAACCUGCCCAAUAUGCCUGGGAGGGCUGGCAGGACUCAGCGAGACAGAUGCCUCGGUUCAUGUAAAUAAUUGUUUAGACGGCAAACCAAGCGCUACGAAUAUGCCAACCCCGGCGCCAACAUUGAUACCGUCGCCGAAGCCAGUACCAGUGCCGCCGGAUCCGAUAAAAAAAAUGACCCGCAUUGAACGCGCUGCCAACGCCCGCCCUGCGCAGCGCGACCCAUAUUCUCAAAGUACCGCAGGCGGACGAUCGGCCUUCUCGAAAAUGAUGGCCGGAAACGCAGAAGAUACCGCAUGGGCCACGGCGGCGUCCAACGAGGUGUCUUCGCGCGGGAAGCAGGCGUAUCAGAGGACCUGUCCGUUCUACAAGAUCAUGCCCGGGUUUUCAAUCUGCGUGGAUGCCUUUCGGUACGGGGCCGUGGAAGGGUGCAACGCUUACUUCCUCAGUCACUUCCACAGCGAUCAUUACAUCGGGCUGAGCAAGUCCUGGUGCCAUGGACCCAUUUAUUGCAGCCGGGCAACGGGCAACCUUGUCCGACAGCAGCUCCGAGUCGACCCCAAAUGGAUCGUUGAUCUUGAUUUCGAAACGACCUCCGAGGUGCCGGACACCGGGGGUGUGCAGGUCACGAUGAUUCCUGCCAACCAUUGUCCCGGCAGCUCCUUAUUUCUGUUUGAAAAGAGCUUCGGAAAUGGACCUAAUGCUCGACGACAGCGGAUUCUCCAUUGUGGCGAUUUUCGUGCCUCUCCCGCACAAAUUCAGCAUCCACUACUACGACCUGACCCUAUCAAUGAAGCGACAGGUCGGCCGCGACAACAACGCAUCGACCACUGCUAUCUCGACACCACCUAUCUCAACCCGAAAUAUGCGUUUCCCAGCCAGGAGGACGUGAUCACGGCUUGCGCGGAGCUCUGUGUCCGUCUCAACCAGGAGGCUGGAGUGGCACUCGAUCAAGGAAGCAAUGGAACUGGCGGUCUGAUGAACAAGUUCCUGUCCUCCGUGACUGGAAGUGGCCGGGCAACGGACCAGUCGUCGAAGAAUGACGGUCGCUUGCUCGUCGUCAUCGGCACGUAUAGUAUCGGCAAAGAGCGAAUCUGCCUGGGGAUUGCGCGGGCCCUGCGUUCAAAGAUCUUCGCCACUCCACACAAGCAGCGAAUAUGCGCCUGCUUGGAGGACCCGGAGCUAUCUUCGUUGUUGACCAGCGACCCCAACGAAGCACAGGUGCAUAUGCAGACGCUGUUCGAGAUCCGGGCCGAUACUCUGGCCGAUUACCUGGACUCGCUGAAGCCGCACUUCUCCCGGGUGGUCGGCUUUCGACCCACCGGCUGGUCCUACCGGCCCCCGGCUGGCCGAAUGUUGCAGAACCCUCCGGUGUCUACGGUGCUGCGUGGCGAACACUGGAGAACGCCGUUUACGGCACAGGACCUGACUCCGCAACGCGGAAGCACGCGGGAGAGCGCAUGCUUCGGGGUACCGUACAGCGAACACAGUUCAUUUAGGGAGCUCACCAUGUUCUGCUGUGCGCUUAGGAUCGGCCGAGUCAUUCCUACGGUAAACGUAGGCAGCGCGAAGAGCCGCGAGAAUAUGAAGGCGUGGAUGGAGCGAUGGGAAGCGGAGAAGCGGCGCAACGGGCUGUUUCCAGCGGCGGAGUGGUGA